GUGGUUAAACCGAGAAGCAUAAAAGCUUCUGCAAAACAGAGCGUGACAGACAAAGAGACAGGAGCUCCGGCGCAUUAGUAUCAUCACUCUCGCUGAUAAACAGAUUUUAGAUUCAAUCAUGGAAAUUGUGGAAAAUAUAACUGAAGACAUUGGUACACUCUUGACCACAGUCACAUCAUAUGACGAAUAUGGAAGUGGUUCAACUACCCCAACCGAAGAUUACGGUUUGGAGGACGACGAAUCCGUUUGUGACAUGGGCAUAGUGCGAGACUUUCGCAAGUACUACGAGCCUCCUCUUUACUGGCUCAUCGUCCUCCUUGGUGCUGUGGGCAACAUGCUGGUCAUCUGGAUCUACACAAACCUAAAGAACCGCCUGAAGACCAUGACAGAUGUGUACCUGUUAAACCUGGCUGUGGCAGACCUGCUCUUCCUGUGCACACUGCCCUUCUGGGCUGCCGAUGCCAUCAUAGGCUGGAAUUUCGGCUUGCCCGUGUGCAAGGGCGUGUCGGCGCUCUACAAAAUCAACUUCUUUAGCAGUAUGCUACUGCUCACCUGCAUCAGCGUGGACCGCUACAUCGUCAUUGUGCAAACCACCAAGGCGCAGAACUCUAAGGAGAAGCGUCUGGCCUACAGCAAGCUGAUCUGCAUCUUUGUGUGGAUGGUGGCCCUGCUGCUGAGCAUCCCUGAGAUGCUCUUUGCCAACAUCAAAGACUUGGAUGGUAAAACCUACUGCACCAUGAUCUACUGGAACAACGAAAAUAACAGCACCAAGAUCCUGGUCCUGGCUCUUCAGAUCAGCAUGGGCUUCAGUAUCCCCCUUCUAGUGAUGUUCUACUGCUACACCAAUAUCAUCUACACCCUGCUCAAGGCCAGGAACUUUGAGAAGCACAAGGCGCUGCGGGUCAUUCUAGCCGUCGUGGCGGUCUUCGUCCUGUCUCAGCUGCCCUACAAUGGCAUGCUUGUGGUGAAGGCGACACAGGCAGCCAACAUGACUAUCACAAGCUGCAACCAGGUCCAAAAUUUCGACAUCGCUCUCCAGGUCAUGCAGAGCCUGGCCUACAUGCACAGCUGCCUCAACCCCAUCCUCUAUGUCUUUGUGGGCGUGCGUUUCAGAAAGGACCUGGGGAAACUGUGUAACAGGUACUGUCUGCGAUGCAGCGGAAAGACCAUCAAGCAAGGAGCCCCGAUGCGGUCGUCCGUCAUGUCAGACGCAGAAAGUACGGUGGCUCUCUCGCUGUAAACUCUGCUGCAGGACAGCUCCAGUACUUCAGAAGUUCUCAGCUUCCACGUCUCUCUUUUUAUGAACGUAAUCUGAGCUGGGGAAAAACUCGAAAACAUGACUAUGCUGAUUCAGUAAGCUCUAAGUCCUGGUUGAUUUGACAAAUCUCUUUCAAAGCGAGACGGUUAAGCAGGUCAUGCCCAGUGUGCUGUGGAGACUGUGAGAAUAAUCUCUGCCAUUAUGACACAGUAUGAAUGCUAAACCCAGUCUAUAGAGUAAAUCUGUGCAUAGAGAACAAAUGUACAUGGAUAAGUGGACUUUGGGUAAAUGACUCUUCGGCUGUUUUUGAAUGUAACAACAUUGGGCCUCAUUCACCAGUCUCUUCCUAAGAAUGUUUUUAAAUGGGUUUUUGAAGUUAUUAUUAGAAGUUAUUAUUUUGAAGUUAGAUAUUAGAGUCAUGAGAAUAAGUGUAGAAAUGUUUACAGCUCUGCUCUUGAUUGAUGAUGGAUCCCACCCUGAUAGCAGCAUUAAUGUGUCACGUCUGGGCCAUCAUUCCAAGUGGUAAAUAUGAAAUGUGGCCCAGGCUCAGCUCACACUUAUGUCACUUUCAGGGAACUGUCCUCGUAAACUGCCCACAUCCUAAACAAGAAAACAGAAGAAUAACAGAACGCUCUCAAGCUCGGAUGGUGAAUGAGGCCAAUUUUCUCCAUCAACGUUAGCAUUAUUGUUUUUUCUGUUAAAUAAUAACAAUAUUCUAUUGUACAGUAAAAUGUGAAAUGUUUUAUAAUGUUUUGCUAAAACAAAGUGCUAAAUGCUGCUGUGUUCUCAGUAAGAGAUUUCACUUCUGGACUGCAACAUGCACAUCUUUUCAGGAUAUUUUUUUAUUCCUGUAUAUGUUGUCUGUUUUUGUAAUGCAAAUCUGAGCCAAUUAUCCAAUAUAUAUAUAUAUAUAUAUAUAUAUAUAUAUAUAUAUAUAUGUAUGUAUUACAUGCUGCUUUUUGUACCAACAAACUGAAUUAAAUUCCAGUUUAAACAGA